GACCCGCCGGCAAAUAUGAUGAACGGCAGGCGUGGCGGCGGAACGAUUGUGGCCUCCGCUGCCGCUGCUGGUGUCGCUGUUGGUACCGGAGCCGGCGGGAAGAACAUCGAGGAAGAGCUCUCGCUUCCGAUCCUGCUCGCCGAGCGCGUGCGCAAGGCGGUGGCCGAGGCUGAAUCCUUCAAGCUGGAGUGCGGCGAGGUGGGGAAGCAGGUGGAUCAGCUCGCCACGAUGCUUCGCUCCGCCAUCCGCCGCGCCACUGCCUCUCCUUCUGUUUACGACCGGCCCGUCCGCCGCAUCGUCGCCGAGGCCGCCAAAACCCUAGAGCGUGCUCUCGCUCUCGUUCGACGCUGCAAGCGCGCCGGCGUUCUCCGCCGAGUCGUCACCAUUACCACCGGAUCGACGGAUUUUCGCAAGAUUAUCCCCUUACUGGACGCCUCCCUCGGUGACCUCCACUGGCUCCUUUCCGUCUACUCCGACGACGGCGCUGGUGGCGGCAUAGUCCUCAGUCUUCCCCCCAUUGCGAGCACUGAUCCCAUCCUGUCUUGGGUCUGGAGCUAUAUCGCCACCGUGCAGAUGGGCUCCUCGGCAUCCGACCGCAUCGAGGCCGCCAACACCCUCGCCAAUCUUGCCCUAGACAACGAUCGCAACAAGAAGAUUAUUCUUGAGGAGGGAGGUGUGCUGCCGCUACUUUCUCUUCUGCGCGACGGGCCAUCGGUCGAUGCUCAGAUCGCUGCGGCCGCCGCGCUUUCUAACCUCGCCUCAGACCCCGAGCACGUUGCCCUCAUCAUCAAGGAACUCGCCGUCCCCAUCAUCGUCCACGUUCUAUCAGAUUCUCCAAUGCGCCUCCAGACCCGAGUAGCAUUUUUAAUCUCCCGCCUGGCUUCCCACCUCCCUUUCAUCUCGCAGGAGGAAUUCGCCCGUGAGAACGCGGUUCGCCCGCUUGUCUCCCUCCUCUCCUUCGAAGUUCCCCUUGACGAGCCCAGACCAUCUGCGAGCAUUCAUUCCCUCGUGCAGGGCAUGGCGAACCUCCAGUAUCUGAAUUCCACCUCUGCCAGCGGUAGCAGCGGAAGUGGAAGCAGCAGAGGCAAAAGCUCCCGUGAUUACUACAAUCACAAUCGUAAGGAGAGGGAGAAUGAGAGCGCCGAUGUGAAGCAAGCUUUAAAGAUCGCAUGCGCGGAAGCUCUGUGGAAGCUCUCCAGAGGUAGCGUCUCAAACAGUCGCAAGAUCACCGAGACAAAAGGCCUUCUUUGCCUCUCCAAGCUCAUCGAGCGGGAAAGGGGUGAGCUUCAGCACAAUUGCAUCAUGACUGUCAUGGAGAUCGCAGUGGCUGCGGAAUCCGAUUCUGACCUCCGCCGUUCUGCUUUUAAGACCAAAUAUCCCGCUGCCAAGUCUGUGGUAGAUCAGCUUCUGAAAGUUGCUCAGCAAGGAAGUAGCCCGGCACUUGAGAUUGCGGCCAUCAAGGCCAUUGGCUCGCUUGCAAGAGCGUUUUCUGCUAGUGAGACUCGGGUUUUGCAGCCCCUUGUUCUCCAGCUCGGGCACUGGAAUCCUGAUAUUGCUGCAGAGGCCGCGAUUGCAUUGGGGAAGUUUUCCUGUCCAGAGAACUACAACAGUGUUCAUAAUUCAAAGGCAAUCAUUGAGUUUGCAGGUGUACCACCUUUGAUGAGAUUGCUUCGCUCAGGGGAGAAGACGCAGCUGCCUGGGCUCAUUCUGCUCUGCUAUCUUGCUCUACAUGCUGCAGAAAGCAGUGCUAUGGAGAGAGCAAAGGCUCUGGGGACUCUUGAAUCAGCAGCACGAACAGCAGUUGCACAGCAUCCCAGCAUCAAAGAUUUACUCCCUAAGGCAAUCUAUCAUCUGGAGUUGUAUCGUGUUGGGGCACAUAUUCAUAGAGACCAAUAUCCCAUGUAAAUUCUUUUUUUCAUUCCUGAUUCCAUUUUGGUUUCUCGUCCUGGUGCUUGUUGUGCUGAUCAAAUAUGGCCUGCUUUUUGGUUGAGAUUUUGUUUCAAUAAGUUUCUAAUCAGUGAUGCUAAAAGGAGGGCCUUAAUUUUGCGGAUUUCAGUAGGAUAGUAGUGUGCAACAUCCAUUGAACAUGGGAAGCUUAGUGCUAGAUAGUUACUUGAGUUGAUAUGCAGGUUUUGUUAGCUGAAGUUAGACAAGUCAUACUGCCAUAUGCUGUUCCCUAGCAGGUAAAAGGAGCCUCAUCAGUCUGUACAGUAAAAUAAACUUCCUUUAUGAAUUUAUUAUUGAGAGUCUAGUUUUUAUACUUUGCUUUUUGCUGGUUGUAGACUGGAGUUUGUGCCAUCCUAAAUAACUAGUUCUCUUGAUAAAAUCCGGUUAUAUUUUGUUUGUACAUGUUCCCUUUCAUCAUUUGGUCUAAACAUUUUUUGGAGAUGAGCAUGCCGUAAUGCUAAAUUUAUAGGAACUUUGCUUGAACCUUGUAAAAA